ACGUCGGCUGAUCAGCUGUGCGGUUUAAGUUGGACUUUCCCCUUGUGGUGUGGUGUCGUGCACAUUCAGACUUUCGUUCGAUUGGCAUAGAUACGUCGGAUCCGUGUAUCGAGGAUAGAAUCGGAACGGUGUCAUAAAUACAGGGACGAAGUACGCGCUGGCGGCGAUAAAUCGGUAGUAUUUUCUGGUGAAGGGGGGCAAGUGAGGCAUGACGGGAACAGGUGACAAUAGAGCUUCGCCAUGUUAGAUUUGACGAGAUCACGAAACGUGCGCCGCUGCUGCUGCUGCUGCUGCUGCUGGUGUUAGUGGAGAGAGAGAGAAUUUAUUUUGUUUUCUCGACUCUCGUGCUACUUUCCUCAGCGGUGAUCCAACUGAAAAUCAUCCAAGCUGGAUAGGUUACCCGAGUAUCUCCGCGAUACCGUGGACUGGUUUAUGGGAAAAGCCCGACGAAAGGAGAAGGAUGCGGGAACUACAGAGGAUCCGAAAUUGUACCUCGAGGAGGCGGCCCUUGAAAGGCAGCUGCCAGAGCUGGACCUGAGGAUGCUGGUCGAUUUACCACCCGGUUUGGACUACAACGAAUGGUUGGCCUCUCAUACUCUCGCACUAUUCGAUCACAUCAAUCUCGUUUAUGGAACGAUAUCCGAGUUCUGCACGAUGACGGGCUGUCCCGAUAUGACCGGUCCUGGCUUAAGAACUUAUCUGUGGUUUGAUGAGAAAGGGAAGAAAACGAGAGUGGCAGCGCCACAAUAUAUAGAUUAUGUUAUGACUUUUACACAACGCACCGUUAGUGACGAAACUAUAUUUCCUACGAAAUAUGCAAAUGAAUUUCCUAGCUCGUUCGAAUCGAUAGUGCGUAAGAUCCUGCGGCUACUGUACCAUGUGGUGGCACACAUUUACCACUGCCACUUCAGAGAGGUAGCACUCUUGGGGUUGCACGCUCACCUCAAUUGUGUAUUUGCCCACCUCACGCUCCUUAAUCAACGCUUCAACCUUAUCGAUCCCAAGGAAACGGAGAUCUUAGGAGACUUAGAAGCUGCCCUCUUGGGUGACUCGACAUCAUCAUCAGCGCCUUCAUCACAGACCUUAGCCAUCCAGGAGACUCCGACCACAACCACCUAGAUCGCGAUGCACAGAAAGCAAGAGGUUGCAGUUCCUGAGACUAGAAUAUGCGAACGACAGAGUUUAAGCAUUAACGACUACAUACGCAGGUGGAGCGAAAGCGCAAUUCUGUAAAAACCAAGUAGUACCUGUACAUAGCGAAGUGUGAACAACUACAUGAUGUAAUUAGGUUCCUCCGUUUGUUGUUUGUGAGAUUGUACAUAAUUUAUUAAACAGUAAGAUAUACGAAAGAGACGAAGGAUGAUUAUUAAUUAUUAUUGACAAAGUUAGUUGCUAUAAGAGGAUAAUUUGUUCUGUAAAAACAAAAAAAGAAAGAAAAAAAGCAAAAAAUAACAAAAUGAAUGAAACUGAUGAUAAUAUUGUAAAGUUUAAAUAAUACCAAAUAUAUACCUGGUGUUAAGGCA